AUGAAUGCUUUGCCAUUCAGUGCCAACAGCCGCUUACCCCCUGGCUUUCUCUCACAGUCACCUUCAACAUGGUCAUUGGGUCAAUCCGCCUUCUAUGAGGAAUUGUCAAUUCUUUGGAAGGGUCGCCCAGAAGAGCGACUUAUCAAUGAUGCAAGCAGAAUCGUCAACUGGUCAUACAGAGAAGUGAAAGCUCAUUUUGAGGCACAACACACUACCAUACCCGAAGAGGGUUCAGCAAGUGCUGAGGUCUUUCAGCAAUCACUCAGUGCUAGGAUAUUCUCAAUUGAAAGGCGCAAUACCUCGGCAGAGCCCAAGAUAGAAGCCAAGUUGACAAUGUCCCAUUGUACAGCUGUGUUGAAGACAAAAAAGAACCGGUGGUUGGAAGUUCAGACCACUGACGGCUUCACAUAUACUGGUCUUCAGUCAUCAGCCGUUAAGGCGGAGAUGUUUAGGAUUAAUGACCUAGCUUAUCUCACACAUGUAUAUCAUUAUCCCACAGAGUCUUACCUGGUCAAGAUGGUGCAAGGGCAGACCUGUUGGUGGUGGAGGAUCUUGCCUGAUGGUGAAGAACAAUGGGGUGAAGGAGGGUCACAACAGGUUAAGGAGACUAUCCCUUCAGAAGGUCAAGUUCCUGCUGUCAUUGCCGAAGGCUGUCAAAUCAUUGCGCUUAACCCACUUGAGACUGAUGAAGCAGGCAAAGAUCUUAAUGAGGAAUUUGAGCCCCUUAUUACCAAUGGAUAG